AUGUCCGAAGUCUUCGAUCCUUGGGCUGGUCAGAGCUUGGGCGCCGUGGAGAAGCCACCAGGCUUUGAUGCCUUCUGGGAAGAGCAGCAGGCCAUCCACCGUGGGGAGAAGGAGCCGUCUGGGCUCGAGCAUGACACGAAGGGUGGCUCGAAGGGUGGCUCGAAGGGCCCGAAGGGCGGCCUCAAGGGGAAGGGCAAGGGCCGCCGGCGGUACAACGUCCCAGAGCCCCGGGCUUCCAGAGCACGGCCCACACACUUUGUCGCCAUUCGCCUGUUCUCGCGCAUGAUUCGCCGCAAUGUGCAGCAGAUGCAGCAGUGGUUCAUUGCCAAGAAUCCGCUCUUCGAGCAGUGCUUGGUGCCCGUCCGGCGCCUUCACUCAUCCUUGCUAUUGACAUCUAUCCCAAACGACAGGCGAGGUGAGGCGCAGGAGGCCUGCCAUGAAGCGGGCGAGGAGAUUCGUGACAUGCUAGGUGAUCAGCCAGUCAAGAUCAUAGCCAGUGGCAUCAGCUGCUUCAACGGGCAGAUUCUCUUCACUCGACUUCGGACAGAGCCGCAUGACAUGCUACAGGCGAUUCACGAUGCUCUGGCAACCUCAUUUAUGCGAAAUGGCUUCCCGGUUUUGGACGAAAGUGCAAAGUCCUGGUUGGCAGAAGAUGAAGCCCCACAUGAUUUCAAGGCACACGCUUCUUUCAUCAAGGUCUCCAAAGCACUGGCGCACGCGAAGACUGAUGCUGACAAGCGUCGUCUUCGGUCGCUGCGGGUGACAUGCGAUGACCUGGAUGCUUGGAGGGACGUCUUCUUCGGCACCCAGAUCUGCACCGAGUUUGAGCUGCUGGACAUGCUGGGCUCCUCUCACGAUGGCUACUACCCGUGCCUCAAGCUGGAGCACUUCCACGACAGGACCAUCGUUGUCAGCGAGCCCAGUCUCGAUGUCAGCUUGACGGCUGGCCCCGUGCGGACCGCGCGGCUGCGCGUUGAUCCCAAUGCCGGUGCUGGCAUGGAGCUGUCCGCCUGCGCCGCCGGCUAUCUGAUUGAAUCCCUGCAGUCCUGGCCUGGGCAGCCGGACCUGCGGCCCAAGGAUGUCAUCGUCGCUGCCGGGGAGGCUCUCCUCCUUGGGCUGCCGGAGGCUGAAAUGGAGUCGGAGUUCGGGUCCGCCUUCAGCAACGGCGCUUUGCUCGUUGUGGGGCCGUUGGACCUCCUGCUGAGCGAGCGCCUGGAGCAUGUGCGCCGAGCUGCCAAGCGCCUCCUCAGCCCUUACCAGCAGGAGGCCUCGGGCCGGUCUGUGGCGUCCGUGUCCACGGUCCGCUCCGCCGCCGCGAUGCCGCGCGGGAGGCGCUUCCAGCUCCGAGCCCAUGCCCAGGAGUUCCGGCCCGACCCAUUGAGCGCCCCUGGCGGGGACCCCUGGGCGGCCGCAGCGGAGCAGGGCCACGUGUACCCCCAGUACUCAGGUUGGGGCACGGAGUUCAAGAAGCGGAAGGCCACCGUCCUCGACUCCGGCCGCUUCCUACGCCAAGCGGAGCAUCGAGCGGAGCCAGAGCCCGAGAUCCCCCUGACGAAGGUCCACCAAAGGUUGGGACAAGACCUCUGCCGAGCUUCUUCCGAGGAGCAGGUGGUCAAGAUCUUGCAGAGGGAGCGGCGGGUGCUUCACGUCUGCAACCGGAUCUUGGCCCUCUCGCGGCUCGCCUCGCUGAGCGGUCCGAAGCCACCACGCCUGGGCGACCUGCUCGGCGACCUGCAGGAAGACCUGGAGACGAUCGAGGAGGCCAAGUCCACGCUUCCACCCGGACAGCUCGCGAGCCUGGCGCUGUCCCUGGGCCGCCUGGGCUGGGGCUCCCCGGAGCUUUUCCGGUGCCUGGGUCUGGUCGUGCGCCGCGUGGGCCUCUGGAGCUUUGGCAACGGCCACUGCGCUUCGCUGCUGGAGGGCUUCUCCCGGAGCAGGCGCUGUGACGAGGUCCUCUUCCAGGAGGCCACAGCUGCCCUGCCCAGGGCCUCGCGGCUGAUCAUGGCCAGGGCGAGCUCGGGCCUCGCGAGCUCAGCCUUGGAGCCGAAGCAGCUGGCGACCAUGGUGACGGCCUUUGCGUGCGCGAACAUCUCGACGGAAACGCUCUUCUUCUUCGUCGGCGAUCUGGUUUGCAAGCAGCUCAAGGACCUCAAGCCGAAGCUUCGGGACGCUCGGUGGCCCCUCCGGCUCUUGGCCGAGCUUGCCGAUGCCUUUGCGCGCGUUCGCGCGCGGCAUCCCCUGCUGCUGGAUGUCGUCCCCGACCGCCUGUCGGAGUGCAGCUUCCUGAAGUCGGGCAGCAUUGAGGCGUUGGUGCUGUUCUUCUCCGCCUACGUGGACGCGCGGCAGGGUUUCGGACCCGAAGGCCUGCGCGAGCGCCUCGUGGAGGCCUUGGUCCACCGCAAGGCCGAGCUCUCCACCACGCUGCUCCGCCGCCUCCUGCAAGCCAGCGCUCGAGCUCGCUGGUACCCCCCUAAUAUCAUAAACCCCCCCAGAAAAAUCACCAACGUGGAACUUCUCACCGAGGCGAUCUACGACUGCUUCUUGCAGCUCCGGGUGACGCCGCCUGCGAGCUUCCCCAUCAGCGAAGAGAAGCGCCAGCAGCGCGAAGCCCGUCUCCGCGCCAGGGUGGAAAGACGAGAAAGAGAGACGCAGUGGAGGACGCCGGAGAGUGUGGAGAGUCAGGAGGCUGGAUCCGAGACUUCAGGAAUCUGCCUGCGCCAGUGCUCCUUGCGUGUAGGGGAGCAAGGGGCUGGGUUGGUGCUGGAGUGCAGCCGAGCUGGCUAUCUGGUGGACGGGUGUCAGACGCGCGAGGAGCUGCAGCCCGGGGAUGUCAUCGUCGCCAUUUCCAAUUCUCUGCUGGUGGAUUUGAGCGAGGACGAGCUGGAGCAGCGUUUUGGCGCCGAGUUUCGGAACCAGGCGCCGUUGCUGGUGGCCCCAUUCCAGGAGUUGCAGAAAUUCUCGCUUGAGCGCAUCAGAGCACGAGCCGAAGAGCUGCUGGGAGGAAGCAUGGGAAGUGCAGCACAAGAGGCAGAUGCGAAAACGGCAUCUGGACCGUGCCUUGAGUUGGAUGCUCGGCAAGAGGAUCCGGAGACCUUGGUCACUGCCGUGCCCCUGGGAAGAACUUCACCCACGCCGACAACGCAAGGCCAGGGGGCCUCCGUGGCCUCCACGGCGACGGCCUCCAUGGCUUCCCCUGCCACGGCUGCCUUGACCCAAACGUCCCCUGCGGCAACCUCGUACUAUCCGCGCCGAGACGGCCGAGGCCGAGGCCCCGCAGCCGCUCUCGCUCUCGCUCUCUCUCUCUCUCUCUUCCUCUCCCUCCCUCCUUCUCUCCUUACAAAAGUCAGGAAAGAAACCCAGAGCGGGUUUUCUUAG